UGAUGACGUCAUCCAGGAAGUGGACGGGUGAGGCGGUGCGGAUUGUGCUGAACGGUCAAACUAAAGAAAAAACUAGUUUUAUGUAGAGGAAGACUUGAGUCCGAGCAGAGAAAUGUGCAGCUUCGAUAAGGACAAAGGGCCGGGGAGGCUGAUGAAAAAGGGGUUAACUCUCAUUCUGGUCGGCCAUAUCAACUUCAUCCUUGGCGCCAUUGUUCACGGCAGCGUCCUCCGCCACAUUUCCAAACCCACCCAACAUAUCAGCACUGAGUACACUGUAGCCAACAUCAUUUCUGUAACCUCUGGCUUGCUGAGCAUUGCCUCUGGGAUCAUCGCCAUCGUAGUAUCAAGGAACCUUCAUGAGUUCAAACUGCAAAUAGGGCUUUUGGUUGCAUCAUUCCUGAACGCCUUGCUCUCAGCAGCGUGCUGCGCCGGGCUCCUUUUGGCCGUUGGUAUCACUGUUGCCCAGAAUGGAAAAAGUUUGAUGUUCGGAUGCAACGAGACAGUGGUGCCCAUCAAUGCUCGGUCACCUGUCAGUGCCCAGUGUCCGUUUGAUACGACACGAAUCUAUGACACCACCCUGGCUCUGUGGAUCCCUUGUGCCAUAUUGUCGGCAGCCGAGGCCGGACUCUCGGUGUGGUGCUUCAUCAUUGGACUGACUCUUCGAGGCCUGGCGCCCUGCGGGAACAGCUACAUCAAAGAGCAGUUGGAGGAAGCGGCUGAGAGCUCUUCCCACACCCGCUGCCUGAUGGAACAACACUCAAAUCCUGAAGUUUAGCAGACCUCAUCAGUUGGUUUCACUCUGUUCAUUUCAAACCACUCAUCCUUUUAUGCCAAUAUAAAGAUUAUUAAGUGCACUUAUGUGUGUGGA